AGCUGCACCAUUAUGAUUCAUAUAUCUUGGAUCAGAAAGAAAGAUACAGUGGCUUUCCUGAGCUCAGCAGCAUGUGCUCAAACAGCAGUUUGACUACCAUUUCUAAUCAGGUCCGAGAACUAACUCCCACGUUUCCAGUGCUCCCACAUAUCAGAUCAGGCCUUGGUAAACUGUCUACAACCGCGAGCACCCUGGUGCUCCAAAUGGAGCAUGAGCGGGAGAGAGGGAACCUAAGUCGCUGCCUGAAACUGGCUCAGGAGAGGGAGGAGCUAGAGAGGGAGCUCAGAAGGUACAGUCUGGAAAGAGGCUCCACAAGGGAAAUUAAGAAAGAACAACCAGAUAUGGAGACAAGAGAGUUUGUUUGGGAAUAUAAGAGCAGCACUUUGCCACACAGAUACCCCCAGGACAGAAAGGAGAACUUUGGUAUGUCCCCAAAUCCUUACUCUUCAUCCUCUGUCCACUGGGAAGCCCAUCCUCAUGACUCUGCUCCCACUCUCAACCCUACUAGGACCCAUUUCAGUCCAUCUUCACCUACAAGUCCUCCUUUUAAUUCUGGCAACUAUCAUCUUGUUCCAUCCUUCAUCAAACAGGCCCCCCAUCAAUCUGAGGAAGUAGACAAAAACACAUUAACUCUCCCACACUUCUCCUCAAUGCACCAGAGACAUGAGAGGUUAGAGGCUGCACCAGAGGACUAUGAUAAUUCACCACCAUCCACAGUGUUAGAAAUGCAUAUAAAUAAUUCAUGCUCUGAGGUACCAAGAAAGAACAGUUUUAGUCAUGACAGCCUUUCAACGUUGUCUUUCCAUAGCACUAAAUAUACUGAAAGAUCUAACUCAACUCUCAGUGCAGUGCCAGACUCUUCAAAAGCAGAGGUAGUGUUCGGUGAGCCUGCUGCUGAAGAUAUGUGUGUUGAGAUGAGUGUAGAUGAGCCAGAGUUGGAGGUGUGUGUAAUGCGGCCUACAAGACCAAUGCUGCAUCAGAGAAUUGCCUCUCAUGUGCAACAAGGGCGCUCGCUGACUCGCAGAGGUCGGUAUGAUGACAUCAGGAGGAGCACAAGCUUUAACUGCCAUAGUCCUGCAUCAGUGGACAAUAUUAUGAGGUUCCAAGCUUCUCCACAACCUACAGAACCAGAACUCUGGAGACCUGUGACCCAAGGCUCUAAAAUCUGGGACUCUAAGCAGCGAAGUCAGAGCCUAGACUCAAGGAAACAGAAAAAGAGCAAUUUCCUGACUCCUGAAGCAUGGAUAGACUCACUCAGCCAAGAGAACUGCUCUGUUGCAUCUUCCUCCAAUCCAAUCACUCUGGUCAGAGAGCCUCAGAGUUUUCCUCUCAGGAAGAUCUCCAAAUCUCCUGCAAAUUCUCCUUCUGCUAGCCAAGCUGCCUCCAACUCAUCUCCCGCUGUGGACCCUUUAUAUCCAAGGAGCAGUCCAGACAGGCCUUUAUCAAUUCGUGACUUAACUUCCCACUCUAAGCCAAGAAGAGGGCCAUCCAUCUUUCCAAGUCCUGCCAAAUGGCCAACCACCUACCACCAGGAGGCCAUGAAAGAGGCAGAAAGUUGCUUGGAGGCCAUGAUAGAAGCUUCCAGAUGCUUACCAUAUGAUGACAAUGAUCAAGACACACUGGAAGUGGAGGCAGGAGGCUACAAUGGAGCGCUGGAGUCUGGGAGCAACUACAGCAGUUAUGCCAGCAGCGGCCGAGGCAGCAUGGAGCCUACUAAUGGACGCCUGCCCCCGUGUCACCUUUCCCCAACCCCUACCAGUUCACCUGAGACUGUAGAGGAGAGCCAUGGGAGCACAGAGGACAAGCACAGCCACCAAAUGGAACCAUGCCAAAGGAGAAAAGUCUCUGUUGAUGAGAAUUAUGAGUGGGAUGCUGCUGAUAUCUGCUCACAGCCUGGAGACCACGAUGGCCUGCUUCCUUCAAUGAAUCUGCUGAAGCCUGCUCCAUGUUGUAGCCUUCCUAACAUGCAAUGCUCCACUAAGGCACUGAAAAAUUGCAAUGAGCUCUCUUUGCUCUCAGGGCAUCAGAGCAGUUGCUUUGCUGAGCCAGAACCAGACACUGUGAUGUUCUGACAGCACCAGCCUUCGGCUCAUUUCAGCUGGUGUGUCCUUUCACUUAUGGACUCUUAUCAACAAAAGGUGCAUGUGGCAGAAAGUGAGCAUUUGCCUGAUCGGUCUGUUUCUCUUUUUCAAACCUUCUGUAUAAAGAGCAAAAAUACUCAAUGGCUUCUUGAGCAUAUUUUGCUUGGUCUCUUUGACCGUCAUUUCUUACAGGUCUAAAAUUAAUGGAGAUACCAAAUUAUCUUUACACUUAUGCAGAGCUUUAAAAUGUAGGUGCUUUUCUGUGACCUGUCAUUAUCAUGCUUUCAUUGUACUAAGAGACAGCCUACCGGUCUGCUGACAUCAAAGCAUUUCACUGAGCUGAUGGAUCCACUCUGUUCUGUGGUGUAGUUUGAUACACAUUCAUCAUUCAGGGAUGACUCGGUGGCCACACAUGGGGCAAAACGAUCUCAGUCAUCAUCAAGUGACUGGUUUAGGCUGUGAGUGAUUAAUGUUUUUAAAUAUCAUCAGUCACCUUAGAGUUUCCUGAAAGAGACAUUUAUAAAAUGCCAAUAAAUGAGGAAGAUAAACAGAAUAUAAAAGGUUUUCCUGCUACACUGUUACUGUUUUUCUGUACUCAGUAAGGAUGAAAGCCUUGAUUUCUUAUCAAGCUGUCUCUUUGUUUAGCGACACACAGUCUCUAAUUUGUAAAGAAAAAGGGUCAUGUCACCUGGUUGGAGUUUUCCUUGUUUAUUUUUAUAUACUGUAUGUAAAUUAGCUUUUUAAAAUUUAGCUUUAAUUAAUUUUCAAGGGCCAAUUCACUGAAUCAUUACUGCUUUUCCCCCCAGUAACACCUGCUUCAUACUCGGUUAUUCACAUUGACACCUGGGGGAUAACAGUUGAGUGAUUAAAUGCUUAAGCUGAUGUAAGGUGCAUCAACACAUCCUUCUAAGACAUGGCAAUAACUCCAUCAAAUAUUGUAGCAGCACUGUUAUGCAAUUUCAUAUUUUUGAGGGUUCAGUCAUAUCAGUAUUUAUAUCAAUAAACAUUCAAACCAGAAUCUAUUAAUUUCAGUGGGAUCCUGGUGUGGUGCUUCAUGCUUUCCAUUAAAGUAAGCAUUGGAUCAUAAAAUGUGGCCAGGACAGCCAUAAGAGAAAGUCAGAUUGUAAAAGUAAACAACAAUUGAUGUUGAUGGCAUGACAGAACAGAAGUUGAGUGAAAUUGAAUAAAAUCAUAUAUCAUAAAAUUAUUACAACUAUCAUUAUUUUAAUGGGAAAAGCAGUCCCCUCAGGGGCACCAGUGGAUGUCUCACCUCUAGCACCAAAAUGUCCAGUAGCAGCUCUGUAUUCACUGUAAUAUAACCCUGCUUUACUGAAUGAGAAGCAACUCUAAUGGAGCUUUCUGUUGCAUCCAUUGUGCCACAAACAAAACUAGCUAAAACCUACUGCACUGUUAACUGAGCUCCAUCUACCAGCUAUUUGACAAGACAGUGCAAAUGAAUUUAGCUCUGCUACUUUCUGGUAUGACUGGGCACUUGUGUGAAGAGUUUUGUAUUACAGUGGAACACAGUUUAUUGCAUUAUUGGAAAUAUGGCAGCACCAAACCCUACAUGCCAGUGUAUAUGAGGAUUGUUCUUGUUUGCUCUGGAGGAUCAACGCUGCAUCUUUUACAGCACAAGCCUGCCACCAUAGCCCUAAACCUACUGGGAGAAACAUGUUUAAGCCUCAUGCUCUCUUUUCUUCAUGAACAAAGGAGGAUAAAGAAAAUGUACAUUUUGCUUACUGCUCUAGCUCAAGGCUUUCACAUUAGUCAACCACAUAAUUAACUCAGAACUCCACAGUGUACCAGAGCAUUGCAGGGUAUCCAUCCUAUAAUUGAAAUUCUCUCAUAGAGGCUUCAUUUACUACAAAUCAAUGUUUCACUUGUGUAGAACAUUUUCAUUUUCUGGUGUACGCCCAGUGUACCUCAAGUCCAUAAGUGAUCAAACCCCAUACUGCUGCUCAGGGGAUUUGUAGUCAGCACUAUGUUUUUGCCAAAAUUUUUUUUAAAUCAUAACUAUAAAUUCUGUUUCCAUUACAUCAAGCAAAAGAAGGAUAUGUAAGAAUAUCACUUCUGUAUACCAGGUCUAAUACUUUAAAAUAAAUAAUUUGACCUGUGUUUGACAUUCAAGUCUAAAACCUGAAUAGCAGAAUUCUCUGGGGAACUACAAUAUAUGGUAUGUUGAGUGCUAUUGAGAAUUCAGUCAUGAAAUAUUCUUGCAGAAAAUGGAAAAACAUAACAUUAACUACAGAAAAAUGUGGAUAAACAGUACCAACAGAGCACAACAGCACAAUGGAAGAAAACCUAACAAAGGAAACCUGUUCACAAAGAGCUGUGAACAACAGCAAGGGCUCAUAAACCUGAUUGUUAUAUUGCUACCAUUCUCAGUUAUUGUGUGUACUUAGGGGGAUUAGCUUUAAAGUAAGCACUUUUUACAGUGUCCAUUAAGAAGUGAAUGAAUUAUUUGCAAAGUGUAAUGCAAGAAAAUGUCAUUUACCCAAUGACAAGUAUAACCAUAUGGUGCUCAUGAUGCUCACCAGAAUCUUUCUGACUGAAUGUCAUCAUAAAAUUUUCCCAGACUGUGAGAUUUUAGCAAUAUUAAGAUGUCUGCCACAGCAAACACAGUCAAUAUAGAUAAUUUUCAGAUUCUAUACUGAAUGAAUUUAAGACUCUUUAAGACUUGUUUUUGAGAAAUUUUUACAAAAAAAAAAACAAAAAAACAGAUGUACUUUUACUGUAGCAGAGUAGCUGAAUAGAUUUCAGUGAAAUUCAACUGUCUUUCAAUGCAUUCAAAGCCUCUGCUGCAAGAAGGGGGAGCUUGCUGAAGUAAAGCACUGUAUGUUUUUUGACACUGACAGCUAAAAAAAUCUUUUAUAUUAAUAGAUGCAUAUAAGUCCAUAAUAAAAUUGAAAUA